UGACGUCACUGCCCCCCCAAGUCCCCAAAAUAAAGAUGGCGACGGAGGUAGUGGUCCUCGGUGAUGGCAUCAGAAAACGGGUGACCACGGUGGGCAAAGAGCCGAUUUCUGAGUUUAGGAAUGGCACCAAGGCUACAUUCCAUUACUGUACAGUGCUCUGUGAUGAAAAGCGCACAGUGGUUGAUGACAGCUCUGAAAGAGGCAAACCUAUGGAACUGAUUAUCGGCAAAAAGUUCAAACUUCCUGUAUGGGAAAAAAUCAUCCAGACCAUGCGAGAAGGGGAGGUUGCUGAGUUUCUUUGUGACACUCCGCAUGUUGUAGAAUAUCCACAAGUGUCUCGUAGUCUGCGCAGAAUUGCAGAAGGACAAGACCCUCGUGAUGGCCAAAGACACUGCUGUGGAGGCAUUGCUCAGCUUCAUGACCAUUCACUUGGAUAUACCGACCUGGAUAAUUUGCAGAAAGAUCCUCAGCCUCUUAUUUUCAUAAUAACCAUUUUACAGAUACAGGAACCUGGUACAUACAGGCAGGAUGCCUGGGCCAUGUCUGAUGAAGAGAAACUGGAUGCUGUGCCACUUCUCCACCAAGAAGGAAAUCAAUUGUACAAAGAAGGGAAGGUUGCUGAAGCAGCUGCCAAAUAUUAUGAGGCUAUUGCCUGUCUUAAGUCCUUGCAAAUGAAGGAACAGCCAGGUUCUCCAGAUUGGAUUGAUCUGGAUUUGAAGAUUACUCCACUUCUGUUAAAUUUUUGCCAGUGCAAAUUGCUUCAGGGUGAAUACUACCAGGUUUUGGAACACUGUUCAUCAAUACUGAACAAAUACUCCGACAAUGUAAAAGCAUUAUUUAAAAGAGGUCGUGCUCAUGCUGCAGUAUGGAAUGCAUCAGAGGCAGAGGAGGAUUUUUCCAGAGCAGUGUCUCUUGAUCCAUCCCUUGCACCACUUGUUGCCAAGGAACUAAAACAGCUAGGGGAGCGUCUUCAUGAAAAAGAACGUGAGGACAAAGCAAGAUUUCGAGAUAUCUUCAAAUGA